CGUGCAUGAUCUAACAUUACUGUCUGUCACAAGCGAUCUGUAACUGACCAGUGAUCGGAUCAUAAUAUACUGCAGAUCGGACAUAAUGGCUACAAUGCUAAGCAAAGAAGUGCAGGAUAUCGAGAACAUUCUUGCCUUGAACCCGAGGGUGAAGACCCACGCGGAUCUCCAUUCCACCGCCUCAAAGAAGAAGGAAAAGAAGUACUGGAAGAGAAACCCAGAGAGCAGUUGCAAUUCUUGCAUGGAUUUGGAGAACAACUUUGAUGACAUCAAGCACACGACUUUGAGCGAGCGUGGGGCACUUCGGGAAGCGCUGAGAUGUCUGAAAUGUGCAGAUGCUCCUUGUCAGAAAAGCUGUCCUACCAAUUUGGACAUCAAAUCCUUCAUCACCAGCAUUUCCAACAAGAACUACUAUGGUGCUGCAAAGGCAAUCCUUUCAGACAAUCCUCUGGGUUUGACCUGUGGCAUGGUGUGUCCCACCUCUGAUCUGUGUGUAGGGGGCUGUAACCUCUAUGCCUCUGAGGAAGGACCCAUCAAUAUUGGUGGUCUCCAGCAGUUUGCUACUGAGGUCUUCAGUAUGAUGGGCAUUCCUCAGAUCAGGAAUCCAGAUUUACCUCCAGCAGAAAAGAUGCCAGAGAGCUACCACACAAAGAUCGCUCUUAUCGGCUGCGGUCCUGCUAGCAUAAGCUGUGCGUCCUUCCUGGCGAGACUGGGCUACGACAAUAUCACCAUCUUUGAGAAAAAGGCGUACAUUGGUGGCCUCAGCACUUCUGAAAUCCCUCAGUUCCGUUUGCCCUAUGAAGUGGUGCAGUUUGAGAUCGAUCUGAUGAAAGAUCUUGGCGUGAAGGUUGUUCUUGAGAAGGGACUCGGGCAAAAAGGGAUGACUGUGACCUCAUUGAAGGAGGAAGGCUUCCAGGUGGUCUUCAUUGGCAUUGGUCUUCCGCAGGCAAACAGGGACAAGAUCUUUGAGGGGUUGACUGUGGAACAGGGAUUCUUCACAUCAAAGGAUUUCCUUCCUUUGGUUGCAAAGGCCAGUAAAAUUGGCAUGUGUAAUUGCCGUCACCAGCUGCCAAAGCUACAUGGGAAUGUGAUAGUUUUGGGGGCAGGAGACACAGCAUUUGACUGCGCCACCUCUGCUCUCCGUUGUGGAGCUCGACGAGUCUUUGUGGUCUUUAGAAAGGGCUUUACCAACAUCCGCGCUGUUCCAGAAGAGAUGGAAGUGGCUAGAGAGGAAAAGUGCGAGUUCCUGCCCUUCCUUUGCCCCCGUAAGGUAAUCAUGAAAAAUGGGCACGUGGUGGGCCUGCGGUUCUGCCGCACUGAACAGCAAGACAACGGCACCUGGAUUGAGGAUGAAGAGCAGAUCGUCCACCUCAAAGCCGACUUCAUCAUCAGCGCCUUUGGCUCUUUGCUUCAGGAUCCUGUAGUUAAAAAUGCCAUGAAACCUGUCAAGCUGAAUGAAUGGGGGACACCUAAGGUGAACACCGAAACCAUGCAGACCAGCGAACCCUGGGUGUUUGCCGGCGGAGACAUCGCCGGCUUGGCCAACACCACCGUGGAGUCUGUCAAUGAUGGCAAACAAGCUUCCUGGCACAUCCACAAGUACAUCCAGUCUCUUCAUGGUAACACAGUAAGCACCACUCCCAAACUGCCUCUGUUCCACUGCGCCAUCGAUGCCGUAGACAUCAGCGUUGAGAUGUGCAAGAUUAAGUUCCCUAACCCGUUUGGGCUGGCCAGCGCUCCCCCCACAACCAGCGCAGCCAUGAUUCGCAGAGCCUUCGAGCAGGGCUGGGGCUUCGCCCUCACCAAGACUUUUGGACUGGACAAGGAUUUGGUGACCAACGUGUCACCGAGAAUUGUGCGUGGGACCACCUCAGGUCACGUUUUCGGCCCCGGCCAGGGCUCCUUCCUGAACAUCGAGCUAAUUAGCGAGAAAACAGCCGCCUACUGGUGCAAAAGCAUGGUUGAACUCAAAGCCGACUUCCCCAAAAAUAUUAUCAUUGCCAGUAUUAUGGCUGGGUACAGCAAAGCUGAUUGGACUGAGCUGGUAAAGAUGGCUGAGGAAUCCAAAGCUGACGCUCUUGAACUGAACUUGUCUUGCCCUCAUGGUAUGGGAGAGAGAGGUAUGGGACUGGCAUGUGGACAGGACACUGAGCUGGUGCGGAACAUCUGCCGCUGGGUCCGAGAGGCCACCUCCAUCCCCUUCUUUGCCAAGCUCACGCCCAAUGUCACCAACAUUGUUGAUAUCGCCAGAGCCGCACAGGAGGGAGGAGCAAAUGGAGUCACAGCCACCAACACUGUUUCUGGACUGAUGGGUCUCAAAGCAGAUGCCACACCCUGGCCUGGGGUCGGCAGGGGUGCGAGGACUACAUACGGCGGUAUAUCUGGCAAUGCAAUCCGACCGAUUGCUCUGCGUGCUGUGUCCGCAAUAGCCAAAGCUCUUCCUGGGUUCCCUAUCCUGGCGACUGGUGGCAUUGACUCAGCAGAGUCUGGAUUACAGUUCCUGCAUGCUGGAGCAUCCGUCCUACAGGUUUGCAGCGCUAUACAGAACCAGGACUUCACGUUGAUUGAAGACUACUGUUUAGGCCUAAAGGCACUGCUGUAUCUGAAGAGCAUAGAAGAGCUGUGCGAUUGGGAUGGCCAAUCUCCUCCCACCGUACGCCACCAGAAGGGCAAACCUGUUCCCCGUGUGGAGGAGCUUGUUGGAAAGUGCUUGCCCAGCUUUGGGCCAUAUUUAGAGAAGAAGACUCAAGCCAUAGCAACGUGCAAGAAAAACAACAUCCAAGACAUCUAUGAUGUGUCCACGGCUGAUAAUCCUGUUAGAGUUAACAUCCCCAAAAAACCCAUUCCUAGUGUGCAGGAUGUGAUUGCCAGAGCGCUGAAGUAUAUUGGUGCGUACGAAGAGCUGGACAACCAGGAUCAAGUGCAGGCCCUCAUUGAUCCAGAGAUGUGUAUCAACUGUGGAAAAUGCUACAUGACCUGCAACGACUCUGGCUACCAGGCUAUUAAGUUUGACCCUGAGACCCAUCUUCCUGUAAUCAUGGACAGCUGCACCGGCUGUACUCUGUGCCUGAGCGUGUGCCCCAUCAUCGACUGCAUCAAAAUGGUUACCAGGACAACGCCGUACGUGCCCAAGAGGGGCCUGCCUGUUAAUUCCGUUUGCUAAAGCACACUGUCGCUCCACCUGACCGGAGAGAAAAGAAAGCCAUGGGCCGACGUCUCAUUCAGAGCAUUCGAUUGCGCUCGUAAUUGCUGUGUGAAAAAUUACCUUUAUUAUGAAAACGAAUAAUUAGCCGGCAGAAAUAAUUGCUUUAUAUUCCCAAACCGGUUAUGCUAGAAUAAUUGUGCUGGCGCGGAAAGAGUUGCAUUAUUUCAAAACAACAGAGUGCAAUGUUGAUCCGUCUUUUUCUCUCUCCAAAGAUACAGCAACCAAAAUCUAAAUGGAUCGAUUGGGAAUAAUGAUUAAGUGCUUGAUAUAAAUAGCAAUAAAUAGAUUAUAUUCCUCGAAGUAUAGUAAUUGACAAUAUUGAAGUUAUCAUUUUCACUAUAGUACUUGUACUUUCCUUUCUGUGACUAAAAAUUGGGAAAUUAAAGUGUAAUAAUUUAAAGGCAUAGUCAAAUCCAGAUCAUUUACUCACCACCAUGUCAUCCAAAAUGUUGAUGUCUUUCUUUGUUCAGUCGAGAAG